ACUUUCAAUUGUCUAGAUUUUGGUCUAGAACCAUAAACAAAGCUAUUAGAACCAAUAUGGCUUAUUCCAUGGGUUUUAUCACUCUUCUUUCUCUUCUUUCCUUUGCUCCCCUUUGUUUCUACGGCAACGCAGCAGGAGGAGGAUACCUCUACCCUCAGUUUUACUACCGCUCGUGUCCGAAAGCUCAAGAGAUCGCAAAACACUUUGUAGCCAAAUCUGUUGCAGAGGAUCCUCGUAUGGCUGCUUCAUUGCUUAGGCUACACUUCCAUGACUGCUUUGUCAAGGGUUGUGAUGCAUCGAUCUUGCUAGACAGCAGCGGGGACAUAAUUAGCGAAAAGAGCUCGAACCCUAACCGCGAUUCGGCUAGGGGAUUCGAAGUCAUAGAUAAAAUCAAAGCUGCAAUAGAGAAAGAGUGUCCUCACACAGUAUCGUGUGCUGAUAUUAUGGCGCUAGCUGCUAGAGAUUCUACUGUUCUUACCGGUGGACCUAACUGGGAAGUCCCCCUUGGAAGAAGGGACUCCAAAGGUGCUAGCUUGAGUGGCUCUAACAACAAUAUCCCUGCUCCAAACAACACAUUUCAAACUAUUCUCACCAAGUUCAAGCUACAAGGCCUCGACAUCGUUGAUCUUGUCGCACUUUCUGGGAGCCACACUCUAGGAUAUGCUCGAUGCACCAGCUUCAGGCAGAGACUUUACAACCAAUCAGGCAAUGGAAAACCAGACGACACACUCGAUCAAUCAUAUGCUGCUUACUUGGGCACCCAUUGUCCGAGAUCAGGAGGUGACCAGAACCUGUUUUCGUUAGAUUUUGUGAGCCCAGUGAAGUUUGAUAACAGCUACUUCAAGAAAUUGUUGGCUUACAAGGGUUUAUUGAGCUCUGACCAAGUUCUGUUUACCAAAAAUGAUGUUUCAAGGGAGUUGGUGAAGAAAUACGCUUACAACCAGCAACUUUUCUUUGAACAAUUUGCAGAGUCCAUGAUUAAGGUGGGAAAUAUCUCACCAUUGACAGGUUAUAAGGGUGAGAUCAGAAAGAACUGCAGGAAGGUUAAUACUUAUUAAUAUAGU